AGGGCUGACAGGCAGAGGCUCAGUCACAAGGCUCCAGUUGUUCUUCCUCUCUCUCCUCUGUCAUCACUCCUGCAGUCGACUGUGUUCUCCGGGGACGAUGACUCUGCUGCUGACAGUGCUGGGAGCAGUGCUCUGCUCCAUGGCAGUCACUGCUGAAGUCAUGCCACAGGCAGACUUCAACGCUCAGGGGAUGGCAGGGAAGUGGUACCUGAUUGGAUUUGCCACUAAUGCCCAAUGGUUUGUCCACCGCAAAGGCAGCAUGAAGAUGGGUACGGCCAUGUUCACCGCAAAUGCCGAUGGAGACCUGGACAUUUCAUACGCCAGCCUCACCUCUGGUGGCUCUUGCUGGAGAAUGAACAGCAAGGCGAAGGCGACCGCUCUUCCAGGAAGGUUCACAUACAAGAAUGAGAACCGGGGAAGUGAGAAUGACAUGCGCGUGGUUGAGGUGAAGUACGACGAGUACGCUCUGGCUCACACCAUCAAGACGGAGGGGGGCGAUACCACCGUUGUCAACAAACUAUAUGGACGAGGAGUGGACCUCAGCGCUGACCUCCUGGAGAAGUUCAAGCAGUUUUCCUUGGACACUGGCGUCCUGUUGGAAAAUAUUGCUAUUCUGCCAAAGAACGCGGAGUGUCCAGCUGCGUAGGUUUCUGCCGUCGGACAUCAGCCACGACACCUGAAGACAUUCAACUCUGUUGGGAAUAUUAAACAAUUAUUUUGGUUGAUGAACACUGCUCUGUAAAACGCCAUUUUAAGCUUGCAAUACGAGUAAACAUGAUGUGAAGCCA